AAGACACAAUUCCUGAGUUCCAGAUAUUCACCAACCAACCAGGAAUAAGUCCGUUAAUUAGACAGGGUUGACCAGUUUGAGGAAAAAGUAUGGAGAAAAGGCAUCCCACUCAGCAUUGCUCCUUAGAAGGAAGAGCCAAAGAACACGUCUCCUGGGAACAGAGCUCGGUGGAUCCAAACCAGAGGCUCAGUUCAGCGUCACCUGCCUGGCUCGUUAAAACACAGACUGCUGCCCCAUCCUUGGGAUUUCUGAUUCGAUAAAAAGUCAGCUUUUUGAAGAGGACAUGUGAUUGGAAGUUGUCUAAUUGUUGAAGUGUUGGGAACUCCAGUCUCUAAAGUCUUAGAAAAACAACUGAGGAUUUAUACUUUGGCAAGCUCUUAUUUCUGAAUAACUUGGAGCCAAGUGAGAUGCUGCGAUAUGAUACACUAGAAUAUUUAUUUGCACCCAAGUGAUCAUCUUUUGGAGAAGAAUUCUGUUAUAUACCACUAAUAUUGGCAGCCUACACCUGUGAAUACAGAAACCAUGGCAUGGGAAAGCCAUCAUCUGUAAAAUGUCAUUCUUUAUAGUGUGCAAACAGAAUUAUGAAUGUUUGUAGAGGCUCUGCCCUUAUCGACCGACCAGCCAUAUCUGAAUGUGAAGUUAGUCUGCACUCGGACACUCUGAGGAAGUACAUGGAGUAGCUCUUGGGUCUCAGCGAUCAGGAUUUUUGAGCAUAAAGUGAACCAGAAUUCUUCAUUAUGUCUGAUGGAGACUAUGAUUACCUCAUCAAGUUUUUAGCUUUGGGAGACUCUGGAGUAGGAAAGACCAGUGUACUUUACCAGUACACAGAUGGCAAAUUCAACUCCAAAUUUAUCACAACAGUGGGCAUUGAUUUCAGGGAAAAGAGAGUGGUGUACAGAGCCAAUGGGCCAGAUGGAGCUGUUGGCAGAGGCCAGAGAAUCCACCUGCAGUUAUGGGACACAGCAGGGCAGGAGAGGUUUCGGAGCUUGACAACAGCAUUCUUCAGAGAUGCUAUGGGAUUUCUUCUGCUUUUUGAUCUGACAAAUGAACAAAGUUUCCUCAAUGUCAGGAACUGGAUAAGCCAGCUACAAAUGCAUGCAUAUUGUGAAAACCCAGAUAUAGUAUUAUGUGGGAAUAAGAGUGAUCUGGAAGACCAGCGAGCAGUGAAAGAGGAGGAGGCCAGAGGACUUGCAGAGAAAUAUGGAAUCCCCUACUUUGAAACUAGCGCCGCCAAUGGGACAAACAUAAGCGAAGCGAUCGAGACGCUCCUGGACCUGAUCAUGAAGCGGAUGGAGCGGUGCGUGGACAAGUCCUGGAUUCCCGAAGGCGUGGUGCGGCCCAAUGGCCACCCCCCUGCUGACCAGUUAAGUGAAGGAAAGCCCAAGGGGGCCUGUGGCUGUUGAAGAGUCAAGCGAGCUCCACAAUGAUGUGAGUGGCCCGUGUCUGUAACCUCCUCUGUGGGUGACACGCGGCACAGAGAGGGAUUGACGGGCAUUGUGUGCAGACUCCUCACUAUCCCGAUUAGGCCAAUCAAUAAAGCAUCCAGUUUUAAAAUCAGUUUGCCGCAGCUUUUUAAACAUUUCUCUAAGAUUCAGCCCGAGAGUUAGGAGGAAUGUUGCACAUAGCCAAAAGUGCCUUCUAAAACCUUACUUAGCCAAUGGCAGUAGAUCAUUCAAGGAUUCGGGAUUUUGUAGCCACAGAAGAGUGCAUUUAUUGUGAAGAAUGACUGAAGAUAUCGUCACCUGCCUUAACAGAGACCGGCCCAGUGUCUCACAUUCGAGAUCUUAGAUGCAAUUAUAAAACUAUCAGUCUUUAACCCAAAUGGAAAUAUCUUACUUGUACUGUAGGUGGUGACCUAAAAUGCCUUGCAUAUUAAACCCCUUGAAUAUUAAACAAAAAUAUGCACAAACAUCGGGUUCAGUGUCCUCAAAUAUUAAUUCAUGUAAGCAUCCUCUUUAAAAUGAGUACUGGACAAAUGAUGGCCAUAUCUCUAGACCCUGGAAAAACUGGAUCAAUCAAGUAUGUACUGACCGUGAUUCUUGUUUGUGGGGAAGGGAUUGGGGCUGAGGCCAGGGGUGGCUUACUAUAUAGCAUGAGCAACUGAAAUGGGGCUGAAUGCCCAGUGCGGCUGCUGUAUUCCAUUGCUCUUAAGGUUUGAUAGAAGGGACAGAGAACUAGAUUGUCGUGGCUUUAGUUCACUGUGAUCUUAGCAUUUAUCCUUGGCCUACACGUGGCCACAUCUGAACAUAGCUGGUGCUUAUGCUAAGUUGUUUGUCGUAAGUAAAUAUUUAGCUUCUUUUUCUUCAUAUUUGUAAUGUUGGUCUGGUGUCCUCUUUCAAUUGGCAUGUGAACUACCAAUCUUCUGUCUUUGCCAUCAGGCUCUGGGUUGUUGAUCUGUGCAACUUGUUUUAUUUUUGCAUUGGCGGAGUUGAAGGAAUUUGUUCUUAAUUAUGUAAAACGUCCUUUUGCUAUUUAGUGGACAAUUUAAGUGGUUACAUUUGCACUCCAGCUCAAUAUAAGGAAAAUAAAGUGUUCUACGGCUUGUAUUCUUUACUGGGAUCAGGGGCAUCUGUAUAUGCUGGGUCUUGCCAAGGUCACGUAUUCUUCUACAUUGCCAAAGUGUCUUUAUACCCAACGAAAGAUGGUUUUAAAAUGUGCUUUGUGGCAGUUCAUAAAGGUCAAAGGGGACAAUUCUUAUUUAUUAAAGUGGUUUAAAUAGAUUAAAAUUUCCAAAAAGUUGAAUAACUAUUUAGAGAACAACACAUUAUAAUUUAAAUAAAUGUAUUUACAUAAAAUAAAUAUAAAUGUAUGUUGUGGUAGCAGAGGUUUGGCAAAGUGUAAUUAGAAAAAUACAACUCUUUUGGAAAGUAAUUGCUUUUACAUGAUUAUUUUCAAAUGGCUUUUUCUUGAGUACCUAUUCUGUUUUGUUUAUUUUUGCCACAACUCCCUUAAAAAACUUAGCUGUGGUUACUAAGAUGUUAUGUAUUUCUGUCCUUAAUAUGAGAACUUCUUUUACAUCCUAAAGAAGCCAUUGUGUCCUAUGCAUUUGAAUUGUAUAUGCUGGUGAGGAAAGAUUCAGACACUUCAGGGGCAGAGUCAUGCUCACAGUGGUACCUUCUCAAGUGGCCAUGUCAGUGGAGUAAAUCAUAUUUUUACAUUUACAUAUCAGGGAACAUUUUAUAUGGUCUGUUUGUAUAAUUAAAAAGAAGAUGAUUUUGUAUGUUUCUGUUUUUUUAAGAACCAAAUGAGCAAUUAGCCACAGAUCCUAUUGGCCUUAAACAUAAUAUACAAUUAAAAGAUGUAUACCUGAUACAGUGCACAUACAUGAACUGUCUUUAAUUAUUGAAAUAAAUAAAUUGUAUUCUCUUUGGAAA